AUGGCUUGGCCCAAGAUGAUGUGCUGCACCAAGAGCAUCAAGGAUUCCUGCAACAAGAAGAACGAGAAGUACAAACAACCUCGGCCACCUCCUCCCACCACCACCACCACAACCACUGUGACACGAAUCGUCACGCUCUACAAGGAAGCCAAGCAGAGAGGGAGAGAACGCACGGAGGCCAUGACUGUAGAAGAGAGGGAGCGGUUGACGGAUGCAGAGCUGUGGGCUGAGGCGGUGGAGCAGCUUGGCGGGAAGAAAGCCAGCGCUGUCACGCCCAUGGCGCCUGGGCGUUCCGGUUCGUCCUGCGCAACCAACCAGGCAAAGCCUGAAGCUCAUGGUCAGGCAGAGAUUGAGGAGCAAGAGCCCUUCCUCAGGCCCUGGAAGGAGUGCCAGUGCCGAUGGUUUUGCCUCGUGUGGAAGGACUUCCCUACAGGGGAGAGGGUGGACAAUGUGAAUUGUCACAGGGAAGCCCUUCAGAUGAUGAAGGAUACUGAGAAGCCUGUGUGUCCAGGCGGCUGGUGGCGAUUGCUUGAGCCGGUGGAGCACUGCGCCGCCAAAGCGCCGAUCUACAGCCGCAGGAACCAGCUGACGGAAGCAUAUCCGAAGAUCGUGGUAGCAGAGUUGGGCGUCAAGGCGGUCAUCAGCUUCGGGGGCCAGACGGGCAAGUUCUUGAAGUAUCGGGUCCCUGCCGAUGUCGAUUUCAAUGAGAUCGGCUUCGGCCGCGCCAAGUUCGUGAAGGAGAAUCUGCCAGGUGAGCUCAACAUUCCAGGAGGCGAACACUUGGUCUAUAUCGAUAAGAUGGAGCUGGCAAACUUGGAUGGCGGCUACGAGAGUGCGAAGGGAGUUCGGAACUGCUAUUGGGCCUCCUACUAG